GUUAACCGAUUUCUCGUUAGCUCGAAUGGAAAUGUCCGUCUGUGUCUGAUUUUUUUUAUUUGUUGUCCGGGUGAAUGAGGGCUGCUCGUCAGGAAGUAUCCAUCGGCGAAACUUUUGGAAAAGCCUAUUUAAGAAUACGGCGAAGGCCACGUCUUGCUCAGCUCUGCACGACAAAGAACAGGCCAAGCGCCGUGUGUGUGUGCGCGCGCGCGCGCAAGGGCUAGUCGCAGUGCAUUUACAAGGAGAGGCUAUUCAACAUGCACCCGAGUAGGUUAACGUUAGCUCCAGAAGAUGGACGGAGACAGCUCAACCACCGACACGUCCCAGCUGGGCAUAGGAGAGUACGUGCCAUCCGGUCACUAUGUUCUCCAGUCUCAGGAUGACGAUGCUGACGAAGGCCUGAAUGACCAUGAGGAUGGUGGCAUCAAAGAGAACUACAGGGAGCAGGACAUCUAUCUUCCUAUUGCAAAUGUGGCUCGCAUCAUGAAAAAUGCUGUUCCUCAGACUGGAAAGAUUGCCAAAGAUGCAAAAGAGUGUGUGCAGGAGUGUGUGAGCGAGUUCAUAAGCUUCAUCACCUCAGAGGCAAGUGAACGCUGCCACCAAGAGAAGAGGAAGACCAUCAACGGGGAGGACAUUCUAUUCGCCAUGUCCACACUGGGCUUCGAUAUGUAUGUGGAACCACUAAAGCUCUAUCUUCAGAAAUUCAGAGAGGCUAUGAAAGGAGAGAAGGGCAUUCCUGGGGUGUCAGUAGGAGAAAGCUUGGGGGAAGACCUUGGAGACGACAGCUUUACUACUCCACUUCCAGCUGGGAUUAUCACAGCAGACGGCCAGCAGCAGAACGUCAUGGUGUACACCACCUCAUACCAGCAGAUUCCAACCGUACAACAGAUUCAGUUUUCAUGACAUGGUACACGGUCUGGAGCCUGAACACCAUGGCUUCGCAGCAAAACCCACACCCACCGGCUGGAAAGCCCAGCCUGCCACAGGGUUAGAGUAUGUAAAAACGCAAGGGGGGUGUCAGCUGCACAGACCCUCAUGUACAGAGAAGUCACUACCUGUUGAGUAGAAAGUGUAGUUUCUAGUUGUGAGGUACCAAAUGUUUUGGAGUGCUUCCAAAUCAGCUGGGAAAUCUGAGGCUUUAUUUGAAAGUCUAGUCUUAUUACCUGAUUCAGUGGUGAAAUUAUUUGUGUCCAUGUGUUAAUGUGUUAUGCUUUUAUACCUUAUUUGUUUUCUUGCGGGGUGUUCAUCAGGGCGGGUGUUGUAUUAGGUUUCUUUUCGAACCCGAAACCUUUUGUAAGUUCACACAGUUUACCAUGUGCUUUAUUGUUCUGUAAAUCCUUUGAAUAAAAAGUCUAAAAUUAUUAUUUUUUUUCCCUAUUUAAUUAGAAAUAUGGAGCAAUUUCAGUUCGUAUCGUUUCAUAUUGAAUAAACUGAGCUGUACCUUU